CGGAUUAGACAAGAGUACAGAGAGACAGACACACAAAAACCUCACUAAAACCCAUCUCUCUCUCUCUGAGCAAGUUGGAUAACUCCAUGUGUAGUACAGCUCUGGUGUGAAUUGUGAUGGACCAAGAAACUCCUUUGCCCAAGUAGAGUUUUCUCUCUCUGUUAGAAUAUAAUAUAUAUGUGUGUGUUCAUCUUUCGCCAACAAAGAUGCAAAUAUCUCCGACUAUAUCAACCUCUCACUUCCCUUCUCUGCUGCCAUUUCACCAACCCACCUCACACCUUACUCACAAAUUCCCUCCAACCAUUCAAAACCCCAACCCCAAACUAUUGGUGAACAACCAUGUCGGACCUCAACAUGCCGUAAAAGGGUCUGGGUUUUUAUCGGCAAUUGGCCGAGCAAUCGAAGAAGAAGAAGAGUACAGAAAAGCUAGGGCUGAGGUCAACCGUAAAGGGGUCGACCUAGAAGGGUAUUCAAUUGAGGGAGUUUCGAUUGGCGGGCACGAAACGUGCAUAAUUGUACCUGAACUGAAAUCUGCAUUUGAUAUUGGGAGGUGCCCAUUGAAGGCUGUUCAUCAGAAUUUUCUUUUUAUUACUCAUGCCCAUCUCGAUCACAUUGGUGGACUGCCAAUGUAUGUAGCAACUCGUGCCUUGUACAGCUUGAAACCUCCAACCGUGUUUGUGCCUCCUUGCAUCAAAGAGGAUGUGGAGAAGUUAUUUGAUGUUCAUAGGGCCUUGAGUCAAGUGGAACUGAAGCUUGAUUUGGUUCCACUUGGUGUAGGGGAAACAUACGAAAUGCGGAACGACAUUGUCGUACGACCAUUUAAAACUCACCAUGUUAUACCCAGCCAGGGGUAUGUCAUUUAUUCAGUCAGAAAGAAGCUGAAGAAGCAGUACAUUCACCUGAAAGGAAAACAAAUUGAGAAAUUGAAGAAUUCUGGUGUGGAGAUCACAGACACUAUAUUGUCUCCAGAGGUGGCCUUCACUGGAGAUACAAUGUCAGAUUUUUUGCUCGAUCCACGCAGUUCUGAUGCCUUAAGGUCAAAAAUUCUUAUAACUGAGGCUACCUUUUUGGAUGAAGGGGUCAGCAUUGAGCAUGCACGGCAGCAUGGCCAUACUCAUUUAUUUGAGAUUAUAGAGCAUGCUGAGUGGAUCCGGAACAAAGCCAUUAUGUUGACUCAUUUCUCUUCUCGUUACCACAUUGAGGACAUUCGUCAAGCUGUAUCAAAGCUACAGCCCAAGGUAUCGGCCAAAGUGUUCGCUCUCACAGAAGGCUUUAAAUCUAUAUACACACAAUGAGGUUCUAGAGUUCUAUUGUAGUUCAUUUUGUUGGCCUCUGCCAUCAGUUUUUUGUAACUAAAACAUGUUUUCCAUUAAAAAUGUUGAAUCUUCCAAUGGCGUGUUUAUCUAUAGUUACUAUGCAAAACCCUGUUAUUUGUUCUUAGGCUCUCAAUGAAGUCCUUUUUUCGUAAAGGUAAUGCCAUGGAAGUACCUUCAAUUAUCCUCAUAAAUUCAAGUGUUGUGCGAUAGUUUGUUUUCAAA